AUAGGCAAUAGGCAAUACCUAAUCGCAAUUCCAAUGUAAAGUCACUGGAGACCGUUGUCGGUUGUAUUUGUAUUGCUGUAUUGCAUCACAUUUUCAUUAAAUUUGUGAUUACGAGCAUCAGUGAAUAAUUACACUUACCAAUUAUCUACUUCCUACGUGUCAAUUGACGUUGAACUUGGUUCAACUAGCGAGCAGACCAAAUUGAUUCAACCAUGACGUUUCAUCCUUAAUUUCUUGCGUUUAUCCAUAGCGAGUUAAGCAUAACUAAAGCUCAGAACAUUGUCAGAAAAGAAGAGAAAAAUUACGGGAAGAGGAAAAGAAAAUUUAUAUACGGUAAAUUUACAUAAAAACAAACAAUGCCUGAGAAGGAAACAUUUGACUUGUCGCCAGGUGCCAUUUAUACUUCUCAGAAGAAUGGAAAUGACGAACUUGGCGACGGUUCAGAAUCUAAUCCUUUCAAGACAAUUUUAAAAGCGAUGCGCUAUGCCGGAAAAGAACCGUUUCCACCAAUUUAUCAAGAUUCUCAAGAAGAUGGUAAAAAGUAUGAAAUAGCGUCUAAAUCUCAAUUAAAAAAGGUGCAAAAAAUUUGGGUCAGAGAACAAUAUAAGAAUGAGAACAAAGAAAAGAAGUUGUUGGAGGAUGAAGAAAAACGGUUGAAGAACUUAGAAGGGGCCAAAACAAUUGUAAUUAAAGAAGACGAGAGUUUGUCGUCUGCUACGCUUAUAAAGAUCAAAGAGAGCGUCGAUUAUCGAGGUCGGCGCGUAGAACUCUACGGAUGGGUACACAGACUUAGACGUCAAGGGAAAUCGCUAAUGUUUGUUACAUUGAGAGAUGGAACUGGUUUCUUGCAGUGCGUACUUAGCGAUCUUUUAUGUCAAACGUACGAUGCAUUGACGUUAUCCACGGAAGCUUCCAUCCAAGUGUUUGGUACUCUGAAAACUGUACCUGAAGGAAAAAAUGCUCCGAAUGGACAUGAAUUGCACGUCGAUUAUUGGAAAUUAAUAGGGGCAUCUCCUCCGGGUGGUGCAGAUUCUAUUUUGAACGAAGAGGCUCUUCCCGAUGUGCAGCUAGAUAACAGACACAUGAUGAUUCGUGGCGAAAAUACGUCCCGCGUAUUGAUGAUGAGGCACGUAUUGAUGCAGGCAUUUAGGGAUCAUUAUAAAGACAGAGGUUACUGCGAAGUAACACCACCAACUUUGGUUCAAACGCAGGUAGAAGGUGGAUCGACCUUGUUUAAGCUGGAUUACUUUGGGGAAGAGGCGUUCUUAACUCAAAGUUCGCAACUUUAUCUCGAAACUUGUCUUCCAGCAAUGGGCGAUGUGUAUUGUAUCACGCAAUCUUACAGAGCAGAACAAUCUAGGACUCGGAGACAUCUCGCAGAAUAUAUGCAUGUGGAAGCAGAGUUCGCAUUCAUUACAUUCGAUCAACUACUCGAUCGUUUGGAAGAUUUAAUAUGCGAUGUUGUCGAUCGUGUCUUAAAUUCUUCUCUCGGUCAUCUCGUGAAGGAACUGAAUCCUGAUUUUGUAAUACCAAAAAGACCAUUCAAGAGAAUGAAUUACAGUGACGCGAUCGAGUAUCUCCGAGUUAACGGUAUAACUAAGGAAGACGGAACAUUUUAUGAAUUUGGAGAGGACAUUCCAGAGAUGCCAGAGAGAAAAAUGACCGACAUGAUAAAUGAGCCGAUAAUGCUCUGUAGAUUUCCUGUGGAGAUUAAGUCGUUUUACAUGCAACGUUGUGCCGAGGAUAAACGGCUCACGGAAUCCGUGGAUGUGCUUUUGCCGAACGUCGGUGAGAUAGUUGGGGGUUCGAUGCGUAUUUAUAAGUACGAUGAAUUGUUGGAGGGUUAUGCUCGCGAGAACAUCGACCCGAAACCGUAUUAUUGGUACACGGAUCAGCGAAAAUAUGGAACCUGCCCUCACGGUGGAUACGGAUUGGGCCUCGAACGGUUUCUGUGUUGGCUUCUAAACAGGUAUCAUAUACGCGAAGUAUGUCUUUACCCGCGAUUUUUGGAACGUUGUCGUCCUUAGGUCGUAAAUCAAUUUACACAAUUAUCGAUACUUUCGAGCAUUUAACCUUUAGCGAAACUAUUGGCAAAAUUACAAUUGAUCGUGAAAUAUAUUGAGAUUAAAAUGAUAA